AUGGACUCCGAGGACGAGUUCAACAGCUCCAUGAGCGGAAAUGAUUUUGACGACGACAGCGACAUGGAUCUGGAAGAUGAUUCCGACUUCGAGGUAGACGACGUGGGGUUCGAAUCACAGGAUAAGGAUAUCAAGCCGACCAGACAGGCUUACGAAGUCGAGUUCAAAGUCUUCGAUCCCGCACAGAUUCAAGCACAACAAGACAACCAGAUCAAUGAGGUGGCGACUAUUCUCGGUCAACCCCCCGAAGCCGCCGCCAUUCUCCUCCGGCAUUCGCGAUGGAACAAGGAGCGCCUGAUAGACCAAUACAUGGACAAGCAAGAGGAGGUACUAGAAAAUGCGGGCCUUGGCCAGGACGCAGCGACAAACCCGCCCAAAAUUCAGAAGGUCAAGGGGUUCGUGUGCGACAUAUGCUGUGACGACAGCCCGGAUUUGGACACUUUUGCAAUGAAGUGCGAACACCGCUUUUGCGUGCAUUGCUACAAGCAGUACCUGUCGAACAAGAUCCAAGACGAGGGCGAGGCCGCGCGAAUACGAUGUCCGGGUGAGGGGUGCACGCGCAUUGUAGACUCGAAAUCGCUAGACAUUCUGGUUUCACACGAGCUCCAAGCAAGGUAUGUCGUGAUGAAGCAGUCGAAAGCAGCAAUGACUAACUGGCAAAGAUACCAAGUCCUCCUAACACGAACGUACGUCGACGACCGAGAGAACUUGAAGUGGUGCCCCGCCCCAGACUGCAAAUACGCUGUAGAGUGCCCUGUUAAGAGCAAGGACCUCACCAAGGUAGUACCGACUGUACACUGCGACUGUGGAUCCGACUUUUGUUUUGGAUGUACACUCGCCAACCACCAGCCCGCGCCAUGUUCGUUGGUCAAGAGGUGGCUGAAGAAACACGAAUUCUGCUGGAUGUGCAUGGGCAUCUGGUCGGAGCACGGCACUAGCUGGUACAACUGUAAUCGCUUUGAAGAGAAGAGUGGAUCCGAUGCGAGGGAUGCGCAGGCAAAGUCACGACAAUCGCUCGAACGAUACCUUCACUACUACAACCGCUACGCCAACCACGAGCAGUCAGCCAAGCUCGACAAGGACAUUUAUCUCAAGACGGAGAAGAAGAUGCAGCAAUUGCAAAACACGACAGGCAUGUCUUGGAUCGAAGUACAGUUCCUUGACCAGGCUUCGCAAGCUUUGCAGCAGUGUCGGCAAGUGCUCAAGUGGACUUACGCGUUCGCCUACUAUCUAGCGCGUAACAAUCUCACUGAGAUUUUUGAGGAUAACCAGAAGGAUCUCGAAAUGGCUGUCGAGAACCUCAGUGAGAUGUUUGAGAAGCCAAUCGACCAGCUCCAAACACUCAAAGUGGACAUGAUGGACAAGACGUCAUAUUGCACGAAGCGUCGCAUAAUCCUCCUCAACGACACGGCCGAGAAUCUCAAAGCAGGUAAUUGGGACUUCAAUGUGCCUCUGUCGUAGGACCAUAGCCAGCACAAAUCCGCUCGUCAAGCAACUUUCAAGUUGCCGGGUGGCUCUCCACAGCACGAUCGCAGCAUACUGUGGAAGCGCAUCACAUGGGCAUCUGCGCUCGUUGUUGGGUUUGCCUUCAUCGUUAGGCUAGUAGGCCAUUCACAUAUGGUGUGCCUUGACGGUGCGGAGCUAGCCAUCAUCAUUCUUUGUUCAGCGUUCAUGUAUUACAUAGUCUUGGAAAUCGUCAUAGGGGGCAUGGUUCAAUUGCAUGGCGUCAAUGUUUUAUGGGCUAUGUCGAUUGCGAGCCUGGUGUAGAAUUCGGCCAAUAGAGGCGACGAAGAAUCAAAGACUUUACCAAUGCAGGUUUGCCUACGUGUAAUU